AUGUCUCUUCAUUUACAUCUUUUCACUUCUACUUCAAUCCAUAAUGGGAAUUUAGCUUUAGCGUUGGGAUAUGAAGAUGGGAGAAUCGAAGUUUGGUAUUGUUCUAAUCCUGAUCCUAAAGAACGAUGGGAUGUCAUGGCCAUGGUAGUCGAUCAAAACUUUGAAAAAGCAUUCACAGUUUCUGCGGAUCAUUUAUUGGUAAAAUACCAUCUUCUAAUCCCUCCUCAUCUCGCCCAAGCGACUCCUCUCGACGAAGACACGGACCCACGUCCCAAGCUCAUGAAGCAAGUCAAAAAUACAAUUCCGAACCAAAUAAAUAAACCUAUCAACACCCCUUUUAAUCUAAUCAACGAAAGCCCAGACAAACCUCCAAUUCCCAAUAACGAAACCCCAUCCAUACCCCGAACCCCUCUCAAUGAAAACUCACGCACACCCCUAAGUCCUAUCAACGAAAACCCAAAAACACCCCUCAUAAAAAAACACUCAACGGGUCAAAUCGGUAAUUCAUCACUCUCCAUCUCACCCCAAGGUUCAGUGAUAGCCGUAGGAGGAUGGGACGGUAAGAUAAGGUUAUAUUCAACAUCUACUUUCAAACCAUUAGGUAUAUUGAAUUAUCAUAGAGGUACUGUGAAUGUAUUAGCUUUUGCUAAUCCACCUUCUCCACCCCUACCUUCUCCUCAUUUGUUACUUGAUAAUGUAUCGACGGUCCUUCUCCCUGAUACAGAAAGUAACCAAGUUGGAACUGAAAAGUCUAUCAACAACAUCGAGGUUAAAGGUUUGGACAAAGGUAUCAAUUUAACGGGAGGAAUAGAUGUUGGAUUAAAAGAAAAAGAGUUGGAUGAUAAAACUAUAGAUAUGAAUAUGGAAGAAGAAAGUGAUGAUGAAUUAGACCAAGUCGGACUUAGAUAUCGUUGGUUUGUUAGUGGUGGUAAAGAUCAUAGAGUCGCUUUAUGGAGUUUAAUGGAUUUUCAUCAUUUAUCAUGA